AUGACUACGCAACAACAGACAAACGAAAAUAACUUCCAGGAUAUCGAUAUGGACGUCAGCGCGGGAUCAGAAUUCCCGCUGCCGGAAGACCGAAACGGAGAGUUCAUUAAUAGCGACGAACUAAGCAGAAAACAACGUGCAGUCAAUUUGGCCAAAAGGAAAAGGGUAAGCACACCACCCAGCGACGAAUUUCCACCCCUAAGGAUAAUAAAUAACUUCGCCCCAUUACGAAAUUUAAAUGAAAAAACUGUGCCGGAACAACCACAAAUAACAGCAUCACCGAGACCGAGAAUACAGAAACCAGCAAUGCCAAAAAGCGGAACGCCGCCCCCGAUAAUUUUACAUGGGAAGCCAGAAAAACAUCAAGAGCUAACUCAACUGUUAGUGGAAGUAGCCAAAUCCGGACACAUGCUUAAAUAUUCAAGAAAUCGCACAACGAUAACUACGAAACAUGCCGACGAAAGGAAGCUAUUAAUAUCGAGGCUGGAAAGCAUAUGUGCUGAAAGGACUCGAUUGGGGACCAGACACCGAAGAACUAGAGAAAAUAGGACUGCCCCCGAAAGAGAUCUUUCAGAUGAAAAACACCGGCAGGAAAAUGCGAAAGCCAGAAUUCUCCUCAAUUGCCAAAUAAUAUGGGAACGGCACGAAAAUAAGCGCCAGAUCAUCCAGUGCAGAAAUUGUCAAGAGUGGGGACAUGCCACCUCAAACUGCUAUGCUGAGGUGGUGUGCAUGGUGUGUGCGGAAAACCAUCCGACAAGGGAUUGCACAGUGAACAAAGAAGAGCUAGUGAAAUGCGCCAACUGCGCUGGUAACCUCAGGGCAAGUAGCACCCUGUGCCCGAGCUACCAGCGCAGAGUAUAA